CAGGGGGAAAGCAAGAUGGCGGCAGGCAGGGUGAGCUGGAGGCGGAUGUGAUUCUAAAGUGACUGUAAAUAGAACAUCUGAUAUAAAGUCUCCGAGCCGAGGGGCUCCGCGGACACCAUGGAGGCGCUGACGGCGCCGCUCUACGCCUUCUUAUGGCGGCUGCUGCAUCUCCUGCUCCACGUCCACACGGCGCUGCUGUCCUGGCUCCGUCCCCGCCUUCCGAGCCCGACGAGCCGGCUGUGGGAGCGCGCCGUGGCCGCCCUCACCGUGCCGGGAGCCGCGACCGGCUUCCCGGGCCACCAGAAGACGCUGGGGCUGCUCGGCGGAGACCCCACGGAGGCUCGCCGCUCGCGGUGGCUCGCUGACGGCCAGGCUCUGGAGAAGCUGCCGGUCCACAUCGGCUUGCUGGUGGCGGAGGAGGAGCACAGCUACACGGACCUGGCCAACCUGGUGGUGUGGUGCAUGGCGGUGGGCAUCUCCUAUGUCAGCGUGUAUGACAACCAGGGGUUCUUCCGGAAGAAUAACUCUCGCCUGCUGGAGGAGAUCGUCCGUCAGCAGCAGGAGCUGCUGGGCGUGGACGGAUCCAGGUACGGGGUGGAUUUCCUCAGCAGCAGCAUCAACAGUUAUCAGAACAAAGUCGUGUCCUGCAGGCCCACUCUGAAGGUGCUGUGCCCUGCAGACGGGAAGCAGAGCAUCGUGCAGGCCGCCCAGCAGCUCUGCCGCUCGGUGGAGAACAAGCAGAGCAGCUCCAAAGACAUCAGCGUGUCGUCGCUGGACGUCCUCCUCAGAGAAUCGAAGAACAUCCCGGACCCCGAGCUGGUGCUGAAGCUGGGCCCGGUGAACAGCACGCUGGGCUUCCUGCCCUGGCACAUCAGACUCUCCGAGUUCAUCUCCCUGCCGUCCCACAGGAACCUGGCGUACGAGGAGCUGCUGGCGGCGCUGCAGCGCUACAGCUGCUGCCAGCAGCGGCUGGGACAGUGAGGCCUGGGCUCCACGUCGUACACGUUGUUGUGUAUCACAUUUCAAUAGAAAUAUAACUGUUAUUAAAAUAUAUUGCUCCCACGUUGUUUUUUUUUUUUCAAC